AUGGAUCUUAGAGACAGCAGCGGCACCCAAGUUACUUUCAGUUUUGAUUUUGUUUUGGCGUUGGACUGGAAUGAAUGGCCAAUCUCUGCCAAGGAGUGGAUCGCGCGACCUCGCAAGUGGCCAAAUCAAACGGUCGUAGCGGAAGUAGCCAAUGGUGGCGUAUACUUGGUUCCAAAGGCCUCAACGCACGGCGAUCCUGAAGUAGAAUGGAGAAUCUCGUUCUCGAAAGCUGAGAAAAUUCUGUUUUCCCGUUUUCCGAAACCACGAGGUGAAUACACGUUUCCUGCUGGAAGAAAAAUCACUUACGAUCAUCUUCUGAUUCCAGAUGGCAGCUGCCGCAUUGAAUGCUAUCGCAUCCUGAAGGAGAUAUUCAAAGAACACCUGUCGACUCCCAAGAUUCUCAAUUCUUAUCAUCUCAAGACCAUCAUGCUUUGGGCGUGCGAAAAACAUCCUGAAGAUUUCUGGGAAAGUUCCUACUCGGCUAUCUGUUUUCUGGGUCUCCUUGACGACCUUCUUCACGGCUUGGCUACUCAGUAG